CUAAACUCAUUCAUUAAAUUUACCGCUUUAACGUUAGUACUGAUACAUUUGACAGAAGAUUUUUGUAAUGUUUCUCCGGUUCUUACUGGCAACGGUUAACACUUAGAUGGCUCAGAGUGUUUUCCUUGAAAAACACACUUUUAUAACAACACCAUCGACAACACAUACUUUUCGAUGCACAUUUGUUCCUUCCGUCCCAUGACUGUGAUUGCCUUUCGGAUAAAGUAGCUUUUUUCUGUUCCAAUUUUUACCUAAAACAUGGCGACCGGCUGAAAUAGCAUCACAUAACCUAUGCUAUUUUUUUUUCUAUUUCCUUUUACCUGUCGUGGCGACUCCCUAUGUCGGGUGAUAGUGAAACGGCUCGUUUGCUGUCAACGGCGAAACAAACGUAAACUGGUGAGGUAUUAAGGAGGGCAAGCAACGAUAUUACGAUAUAGUCAUUUACGAGGCACACGAAAGGAUCCCGAGACAAGAAUUGAAAGAUCGAACAAAUUUGGACGCUACUGGUCUUACCGUUCCUCGUAGUGAUGACUCUUUGCACAAACAGGGCUGAACAUACUCCCAUAUGAGAUAUACAUGAUGUUAUGUUCACCGUCGCGUCGCUUUGAAUGCAAUUUAUUACCUGCAUUUGACGUUUGACAUGAUAACACAAUAGGUAAAAGGGAGACUGGGUGCUUCGUCAGCAAGCAUUGUGCUAUCAGUACCAUUAUAGUCAUGAUGCCAAUCAGAUGCCAGCCCCUGCCGUCCGCUUCAAAACAGAACUAAGACGAGUUACUUGUACCACUAUAGCGGCGGCCCCUGUUAUUUCUGCUACUUCAACGGCUACAGAUACGAUGAACAAAUGAAUAAAAUAGCGGUGUAGAGGCUUCUCCAUAGACGCACUGAUAAAGCUUUGGCCGGGGUGCUCGAGCAGAACUUCGAGUGAUGGCACUCGUCAGGAGUGAUUUGUUCUUCGGAAGAAUGGGGGAACACAAGCGGCAAUGGUUCAACGCCCAGAGAAAGUCCAGUGUCAAGAUUAGCAGUGCCUUUAGCGGCAACUAGACGUACAUAUAUAGUGUUGUUACAAUGCUCAAAGAUUGAAUAGGAUAAGGCAUGCAUUAUCGUCGUUGAAGAACGAAGAGAAAAACGCAACACUAAAUCAAUGAGAUUAAGGAAACCAGAAACGACUUUUGUCACUAUCGCCAUUCCCAUAAUCGAAGCUGAUGCACCAACGUCGCCGCUGGAAAGAGCCCGCCAAACAAAAUACACAAACAAACCCGUUUAGACAUAUGCAUCUGUAUCAUAUGAUGCCCAGACAACUCUAAAGUUCCCGUACUGGAACGGUGGAAAUCUGUCUAUCUAGUGAAUGUUGACUAAAUCAUCCAUUCGAUUUGAUUGUGAACAGCCGUCCAUAGCUCCACGCUUGAAGCCAUAUAGACGGACAGCGUCGAACGAUGAAGACUAACAAAGUCAGCUUACGGCAUACGACCGCGCCAGCGAAACGACCGAAUACGCUGUAAUAUAGGGACCUAACGCGGUUCACCGUUUCAACGCCACUGCGUUGAUGCGAACCGUCGUAGUGGCGCAAUGAAGAACAUUUCGAAGAAAUAUAUUUAAGAUGCUAUUACCGUAAGCAGAUUGCUGUUACAAUGCUGUAUCUUGCUAAAUGCUAUUGAAUGUUAUGGUGACGAUUUUGAUAUUGCCGACGACGAUGACAUAAUGGUGCGUGAGCCUGAAUCAGAUCUGAUAAGAUUACGUAUACAGCUGAUGCAUUCGACGGAGCAGAGCUCACUGCGCAAUCGGCAGCGGGUUAGCACAUCCGUGCCCCUGACACACGUCUGCGAGGAUCAUAAUAUGUGCGAACGAAUAUUCGACGGUCUUUGUGAGCUAAAAAAAUACUAGAUUUUUCGCCCAUGACCGCUCGACGAUACGGAAGAGAAGUAGUGCAAGACAGACCAGGAAGCCGGGAAGUGUCCCAUUAGCGGACCAGGCUUACUUCAGCGAACUUUGUAAGCGUGCAGGCACGAACUACAAGCUGCGGGUCUUGUAAUUUGUCGGAAUAAAAGCGAGUGGACAAAGAAAAAGCAGCGUGUUGAAGUUGGGGGACCUGUCGUGCUCACGAGACCCGCGAAAUUGACACUAUGGUCACGAGUGACGUUGCCGCCGGGGUUACUUGGAUGGAGCUGUCGUCUCGUUCAACAUCUGGGCUGAAGAUACGCUCCACUAGCAACAUCAUCGAAAUCAUCGGCUUCGCUGGAGGUAUUAGCGUUGUUCGAUCAACGUGAGGAAAAAUCGGCGAUCAGCACAACUCAAGGCCGAGGGCGAGACGCCAUCGAGUGGUUUUGCCUUUUACGGCGGCCCCUGAAACUCGCGCUGGGAUCCCUCGAACAACCGGGAAAGGUUUGGUAUCUGUUCUAUAGGCGAACAUAUACAGGACAAAAAACCAAUAAGUCCUGCACCAUCACUUGUAACCUUCCCAGCGUUGAGAUCACGCCAACUGUCGCAAUGAAGGCUCACCACGUCCAAACGUUCAAUAAUCAGACUCUGCUCUUCAGUCUGAUUAACGUGACCUUAGCGACGACGUUGAUGUUCGGAAAUAUGGUUCGUCCCGGCGUCUAUGCCGCAUGGCAGGACCCACUACCGCCCAGACUUCGCAUCAACAACAUACCCGCCGAUCGUGUGGUACGUUUUCGCAGCGAACAAGAACAUGACCACUUCCGUCUGUUAGAUCACGACGGCGACUUUCUGCUGAUAGGAGCCAAGAAUAUGGUGUAUAAUGUCUCAGCGGCAACGUUAUCAGUUCGACGGCGACUUGAGUGGCGUCCUUCGGAAUCGGAUGUGAAAAUGUGCCGACUUAAAGGAAAGAGUGAGGAGGCUUGUCAUAACUAUAUCCGGGUCAUUGCCAAAAAAGCUCACGACCGUGUGCUGGUCUGCGGCACAAACGCUUAUAAACCCAAGUGUCGUGACUACGCCCUACUUCCAACUGGAAAAUCGUCCGGUCACAACAGUCACACUCAGCGCGGGGCGUCUAACGGCGAAUUCAGCCUAACCGAGGAGAAACCUGGAGAGGGACUAUGCCCAUAUGACCCCAACCACAACUCUACGUUUACAUUUGCUGCGCCCUUAGGAUAUCGCACAGAUGGCGAUCUCUAUGUUGGCACAGUUGGCCAAUUUUCCGGUGCUGAUCCCUUAAUCUACAGAAAACCACUACGUACAGAGCAGUUCGACCUAAAGCACCUUAAUGCCCCUCAAUUCGUGUCAUCGAUGCACCUGGCCGGUUUCGUCUAUUUUUUCUUUCGCGAGAGCGCUGUCGAGUAUAUUAAUUGCGGUAAAGCCGUCUAUUCGAGGGUAGCGCGUGUGUGUACGAAUGAUCAGGGUGGACCACAUAAAUUUAAGGAACGCUUCACGUCGUUCCUGAAAGCCCGUCUCAAUUGCUCCAUUCCAGGCGAUAUGCCGUUCUAUUUCAACGAGUUACAGUCAACUGGUCCCAUAGUCGAGGGGUCGUAUCGUGGCGAAAGAGCUCGAUUGAUCUAUUCCGUGAUGACGACAGGUUCAAAUUCGAUCUCAGGAUCGGCCGUUUGCGCGUUCCGCUUGGACGAUAUUAACGCCGCAUUUCACGGCGCCUUUAAAGGUCAAGAAGAUAAGAACUCAAACUGGUUGCCAGUGAUCAAUUCGAAAGUGCCCGAACCGCGGCCAGGUCAAUGUGUCAAUAACAGCAAAUCAUUGCCUGAUGUUACGCUGAAUUUCAUCACCAAUCACCCACUGAUGGACCAGGCCGUACCAGCCUACCUCGGCCGGCCUGUCGUUGUGCACACCGGUUUCAGUUAUCGGUACACUUACAUUGCGGUCGACCCACAAGUGGAGGCCGUCAGCGGGAAGGCGUACGACGUGCUAUUUAUCGGCACCGAUCAUGGUCACGUUCUGAAAGUCGUCAAUGUCGCCUCAUUGACUCAAACUAGUGACAGUGGACAAAUUGCUGAACCUGUCGUGGUUGAAGACGUACUUGUUUUCGCGCCAACACGAAUCAGUAGCAGCGGUAGCCGUGCAGGCGAAAAGUCCAGCGGUUCUACCGGGUCAACGAACUCCGCCGGAGCUCCGAUCGCCAUUACGAAUCUGGUCGUACAGCGAUCGCCAUACGAGCAAAAGUUGAUUGUCGUGAGCAAUAAUGAAAUCCAAGGAGUUCCACUCUUUCACUGUCAGCGUGCACAAAGCUGCGUAGACUGCGUCCGCUUGCAGGAUCCGUACUGCGCGUGGAGCCUCGACGAGCGCAAGUGCACUCACAACUGGCGAAGGGAUCGUCACUCCAGCGUUCAGAGCAUUGAGCAUGGUUGGGAUGAGCGAUGUGGAGUUAACUUUGGCGCAACUAGCGAAGUGCUUGAAGAGUUAAGUCACAACGCCGUAGACCGGGAUCAAACGUCCAGCGGCACAUAUAGUCCAACAACCCCGUACGGGCCAUUGGACGAGUCCGACACCUCAGGAACUGCUCCUCGAGGGUCCAACAUUUCUCUCACGGCCUGCCUCCCCUGUCCUUCAACGCCUGCCCUUGACACCGCUGCUCUUUACUUUGCUCGGCCACAUCCGAACUCUGGCGCAAUUGUGGACGAUUCCCGAGGGGAUGCAGCCGCAGAUGACCUAGGUCUCGAACGGAAUCAUAACGAACUUGAUGGAUCAGGAUCAAAUACGGUGAUUGAAGCGACAGGGCCAUUUCUCUCGUCAUCACGGAUGUAUCCCGCCGAAACCCUUGCGAUCUCAGUUACGACCUCUGUCGUUACGUCUCUUGUAAUCGGCUUCAUCGCUGGGUAUAUCUUUGCUAGACGCUGCAAAAAUGAUAUCGAAAUGGACACCGGCCCAGAAGAUUACACCAGAUAUGUCGACAUACAACGGAUGAACGGAUUAAUGACGCCCGAUCUUGGCAUGGGAGCGUAUGGGCACGAAUUAAGCUAUGCCGUUGGUGGGCCACGGCCGAUCAACCUCGUACUCAAUAAGAAUGGCAAGCCAACAAACCAUUUGUCAAAUCCAUUGCCAAAUGCUAACAAUACGAUGCAGCAAAUGCAGCUUCAAAUGAAUAAUCUUGCUAUACAUCAGCAAGCCACGCUCGAGAAUAAGACUACUCUGCAGAAGGUAAAGAAGAUUUAUCUAUAGCCCGCCCCACCGCCCCCGCAGCCCGCCAUGUCUCCGAUCUAUGCCGAUCCGGAGAACGUCGAGAGAUUUGCAUAAACUACCACCAUAACCAAAACAAGAAGCGGGCAUCUGAGAAAAUCAAACGUUUGGAGCUUAAGUGCGCGACCGCAUUUCAGCAAAGAUGACGAUGGAACUUCUUGACAAUGUGGUCGCAAGUAACGCUUGCAGUCGUCGAAAUAUGGCGACACAGCACAAUGCGAUCUUCAGAGACAUCUCGACAGCGUCUGUUCUGGAAGAUAGUACAACCUCGAUAAGGAUAAAAGAUUUUUAUUAUUACUAUGUGUAUAUCCAGGCGUCUACGGGUGGGUGUCUGUGUGUCUCUGGGAAAUGUGGUCAUCGAAUUGUUUCCAACAGUACCUUUUACAGAUGCCUCUUCUUCGCAAUGUCUUCUCGACGAAAUUUUUUUCGAAAUACUGGGCCGCUGGGACACUUCCUUCUUUACCCUCUGUAGGGGAAUACCCGCAGACUUCUCGAGGUAGUUAACUAAAAGCAAUAACAACAGUAGCGAGAAUAUGCUACAAUGCUGUUCUACGUAUGUUGCGGAAUACCAUUCAUGUUCAUCAAAACUGUAUUCUGCCCCGGUGCAUCACUGUAAAGCUCUAUUGUGCACAACUUGCCAGCCCUUUAUAUCACUAUCUCUUUCUUUCUACAAGCGGGAUUCAUCGCCGCUCUGGAAACUACAUUCGGUAAUACAUCAACUUAUUAGCUAACAAAUAUUUAAAGCAGUCGCUGGCACCGCAGCAGUCACUGUGCGCCUCUUGUGGGACAUCAUUCCCCCGCUAACUUAGCGAGCUGCAAUCUUGACAAAAGUUAAAAUGACGCAAAAGUCCAAAGCCUUCCGAAGGUCUCUCCUCGCACUAAGGACUGGCACCGCAGUGUCAGUGACAGCGAAGACAUAGGGAGAGAACAAGUCCGAUCUUAAUGUGAUGCUAGAUGGCUACCAAAGAAAUAUAUACAUAACAUAAUUUAUUUCGGUCUCUCAAGCUAUAUUUCUUUCCUCGAGGAUAAUGGUACAGGUCUGAAAUCAUAAUCCUCCUUAACGCCUCCCACCUAUAUAAAUUCUAUAUAAACCUAUAUAAAUUCACCUAAUGUAUUGCUGCAUUUUCGUGAAAAUACGUAACAAGUGGAAACAGCACGAGCAGGAGGUGUUAGAGUCACAUAUUGAGCAAAAGUGUGCAGCCGAUAAUGCUUCCUGCAUCUUCUUCCUCAGGUGCAAACUAAACAGCUAGAAAUUAGCUGGAUUUAUCGACUUUUUCUCCUCGAAAAGAAACCUGUCGAUAUUUGCGAAUUUCUAUCCGAUCUACGUGCCGUUUUGUUCUUUUAUAAACCGACCCAAACGAUUACGCCUAUGAGUUAAGUACGAUAAUUACGUGAUACGUCUGUGAGUGAAUGCGAGCGAGCGUGCGUGCGUGCGUGCGUGCAUUCGAAUGGUUAAUGAAAUCACGAAGCUGGCAGUAAGAAUUUUGUCUUCUGUUUUGCAAAACGGGUGUUGUUCUCAUCCAGCCAAUAGCGUGUAACGGCGGCCACGUUGGUGGCACGUAAGCUGCCUUUCAGGAGCUAUUCUACAACGAAUUCACUGAAACAGAGUGAAAGAUUAAUAGUUGUAUGUAAUAUUGGUUCAGAAUCUAUAUAUAUAUAUAUAUAUAUAUAUAUA